AUGGAAUUUAACUUUAGACUGGCCAUACCGAUAUUGUUCGUAACAUUAGCAGUUUUAAUACAAUCAAGUUAUUCGAUAAAAUGCUGGGAUUGCAGAUCGGACGCUGAUCCGAAAUGUUCCGAUCCAUUCGAUAACACCACAUUCGCCAUAACAGACUGCGCUACAUUGAAGGAAUUGGACUAUUUGAAAGGCGUACUUCCUACUAUGUGCAGAAAAAUUAGACAGAAAGUGCACGGCGUUUGGAAGUACAUAAGAAGUUGCGCAUAUCUCGGGGAGCCGGGUAUAGCAGGAGACGAAAGGUUUUGCCUAAUGCGAACCGGUACUUAUAAUAUUUUCAUGGAAUAUUGUACUUGUAAUACUAAAGAUGGUUGUAAUACUUCGUCGAACUUAAGGAUCUCUUCGGGAUUGAUAUGGGGCACUAUAUGUGCUUUUAUUGCAUAUAGGUUUAUUUUGUAA